GCACAGCUCCCAACCCAACCCAACCCAACCCAAGCCUGCCACCUCCUCUCCUCUGCUCUCACCGGCGACCUCAACGCUCCUCCUAUCAAAACCCUAGCUCUCGUUCCCUUACCAGCCGCCGCUUCGGCCCGUUCGCUCGGGUCGCGCCGCGGAAGCCGCCGCUCUCGCUCCCGCUCCCACCCGAAACUCUAUCUCACUCCCCACGCUCUCGGAUCCCGCGAGGCCGCGAUGGCGGAGAGGAAGUUGGAUCGACCUGCGGUGCUCGGGAAAGAUGGGCUGUCGCUUGGGAUCGAGGAGGACAGAGCCGCCGCCGCCGCCGCCAUGGGGUUCGUCGACGAUUCCAAAGAUCAGCAGCACCUGGACAACAGCAUUCCUCUGUCUCCUCAGUGGCUCUACGCCAAACCGACUGAUGCAAAGAUUUCAGGGCCUCAUGGGUCCUCCCUUGAACCUGCUGAAAAGGAACUGAGGAUGCUGGAAGGAACUGCAGAUAAGAAAGAACGCAGGUGGAAUAUAUUUGAUGCUGACAGUGGUCUUCGCUGGCUUGAAGAGGAGAGAGAGACAAGCUUACUUGGAAGGAGGGAGCGCAAGAAGGAAGUGGACCGGGAUGUGGAGAAUCGUAAAAAUGAUCGCCGAUCUGACAAUGUUUCUGCAAGGGAUAACACUGAUUCACGUGCACCUCCUGCAUCUGAAAGGUGGAGUGAUGGUUCCACACGUAAUUUGGGGAGCGAAGGUCGGCGUGAUGGAAAAUGGUCAUCAAGAUGGGGACCUGAUGACAAGGAGAAGGACCCCAGGUCAGACAAGAAGAUUGACACAGAAAAGGAUGAAACCCAUGCUGAAAAACAGACAUUUACAGGAAGGCUGCUGUCUGAGUCAGACUCCCGUGAUAAAUGGAGACCUCGUCACAGGCAGGAAAGCCAGUCUGUCGGGACAGCAACGUACCGUGCUGCCCCAGGCUUCGGGUCUGAGAAAGGGCGUGUGAAGGACUCAAAUGUUGGUUUUGCCCCUGGAAGAGGCAGGGCAAAUCCAAACUCAGUUCCAUCCUUCAACCGGACAUCAUCUGCAGGACCAAUUGGUGCUCCACCUGUGCACGGAAAGUGUGCAAAAGCUACUUUUCGCUAUCCAAGAGGGAAGCUUCUGGACAUAUACAGGCAAAAAAAUAUGAUGGCAUCCUUUGAUGACACCCACAUUAAACUGGAGGAAAUUCCUUCAAUCACACUCUCUACUUCUGCAAAACCACUAGCAUUUGUUGCACCCAAUACUCUUGAAGAGGCUCUUCUGGAAGAUAUUAGAAAAGGUAAAGUCGGUAGCAGUGAUGUAAUCAAUGCAUCUGGAAACAAAAAAGAGAGAACAAAAGAGCCUGAAGAACCAGCUUGUGGGAUUGAUGACAGCAAGGAUAAAGUCGCUAUGGCAUUUAGUGGGUUAGGUCAUGAAGGAUCUUCUGUUUUAGUUUCGGAGAAGGAUGCCUUCUAUGAUGAAGGGAUGUUUUCUAGUGGUGUUAGUACAACUCUCCCAAAGAUAUUUGUGGAUGAAAAUCCUCGUGUUAAUCGAUCUGGGAUUCCCAGCAUUCAGGAAGGUGUGAAAAUUGAUGAAGUCAAGUCAAGUGCUGGUCAUGGUCUUAGCAGUAAACUACCUGACGAUUCAAACACACUGUUUGAUGUACCACCCUUUGAGCAUCCCCCAGAACCCCCUAUGCUGUACCAAAGCAGUGACACGGAUAUAAAAGCUAGUGGCCAAGCUAGUUACCCAGAGGAGUUGACAUUAUAUUAUCUGGAUCCUCAGGGAGGUGUGCAGGGUCCAUUUCUAGGUGCUGACAUAAUCUCCUGGUAUGAAGAUGGAUAUUUUGGUUUGGAGUUACCUGUUCGUUUAUCUCAGGCUCCAGAGGAUGCUCCUUUCCAUCCACUUGUCGAAGUCAUGCCACACCUUGGACAAAAGUCCCAACCUCACCCACCUGUACCCUGCGAUGAAAGUGCUGAAUCUCUGGAUUCUGUUCAAACUAAAUUCGAGGCCGCAAUCCCUACUUCUGCUUCUUCUGGGAAGAGUGAUCAAGUGUCUAAAUGGGAUUCUGAAAGCUAUUCAGUUGAUCCUAAAAGAGGCGAGCAGGAAGCAUCUGUACAGUCUCAUACUAGUUGGUUACCUUCACCUGAAACAGAAAAGGAUGCAGCAAAUAUUAUUAGUCGCCAGAAGCACAUUCCUGAAGCUGUGAAUCAGGAUGCUGAAGAAGUGUUGUACACUGGGAGGCCUAAUAGCAGCAUGGGUCAAUCCCUACGGGAUAUCGAGAAUGACCGUGCAGAUUUCCAGUUGGCAUCUCAUGAUCCUUAUCCUGGGGUCGGAGAAGCUAAUUUGCCCCAGCAUGAUGUCCCGAGAGAGAGUGAUUUAACUCCUCUUGGUUUACUUUGGUCUGAGCUGGAAGGGAUGCAUCCAAAGCAACCUCUCUCAACGAAUGUACUUGGUGUUAAUGAGCGGAGAAAUCCCAAGCUUACAGCGCCGAAAGACAUUCCACCUGUUAACAUGAGGCAUGAGCCACUUAGCAGGAUGAAUGAAGGUUUUGGUGUGCAUGACGAGUGGCCUGCUAACUUUGGACGGCUGGAUAACCUGAAUGAUGCAAACAUUUCGGGCCGAAUCCCUCAGGUUGAAGCCGAACAUCAUUUGAAUUUUGAGGAGCAACUGCUUCUUCAACAGAUUCGAAGGGAGCAAUUGCAGCAGGAGCAAAUGAUGGCUCGUAAAAAUUUGGAGUUUCCUGGACCGUUUCCAGGGCAGGUAUUUGAUGCUUUGCACCAACACCGACAGCCUAUGAAUCAACCGCAUCCUGAUGUGGAGCAUAUUUUGAGAGUCCAGUUUGAAGUCGAACAACGACGCCAACAGCUCCAACAAGAGCAGCACCAAAGGCAGCUGCAGCAGCAACGGCAAGCCGAGCUUUUGCAGCAGCAACAACAACGUCAGCAACAUAUGAUUCUUGAGCAACUGUUGCAGCAACAGCUGCAGGGUUCAAAUUUUGGACCAAAUAACAUGGUAGAUCAAGUGUUACUUCGGGAGCAUGUAUUAAAUGACCUGCAUCACCAACCCCAUCAUUUGCAAAGGCAGCAUGAUGCUGCAAUUGAACAACUUAUUCAAGCAAAAUUUGGGCAGGGCCUUCAUAGGGAGCAUCAUAAUGAUAUGUUGGAUGUUCGCUCACGUCCAAAUCAGAGGCAGAUGCUUCCUUUAGAGCAGCAAAUUCUCUUUGAGCAGCUUCAGUCACAGCAACUGGCUAAUGCUCUACGGCAACAUUCAGGCAGGGAGGAAGAAAGGCACUUAACUGGGGUCUGGCCGAUGGAUGAUGCUAGUCAGUUUAUUCACUCAGGAACCAGUCCAAAUCAAGGCCACACCUCUAGGCAUGGUCGUUUUGAUCUGCUGGAUACCCUUCAGAGAUCCUCAUCCUUCGAGCAUCAUGAACAUCUUGACCGGAGCCUAUCCUUGCACGAGCGUGUGAGGGGAGGUCAAAAUAUUCACUCCCUUGAGCGGUCUGGUUCUUUGCCUGGUGGUGGUCCUUUACCAAACCCAGAUGUUAUAAAUGCCCUAGCACGUCAGCAUGGCCUUGGUCAGCUGGAAACACAUGGUGAUCUGUAUUCUAUAGGACAAAUGCCUGUGCUUGCUUCAGGGGUUCAUCCCCAGCAACAUAGGCUUCAGGAGCAGCUUUCUGGUUCUCAUGUAGGAAGGAUAGAAAGGCACUGGUCGGAUGCCAAUGGGCAAUUGCAGAAUAGUCUGAUGGAAUCUUCACGCAUUAACCAAUUGCAGAUCGAAGCAGAGAAGCAGAGAAGGAAUGUGGAAAUGAAUCUUUCUGCUGACAACCUGCAUGUGUGGGCAUCACUUAUGAAUAAAGAGAGGAAUGUGGAGCAAGAUUUGAGUGAUAUGAUCCAUAAAAAACUUGUCCUUCAAUCACAGCAGUCUUUGGAUUUUCCUGAUGUUCCAGUGCCGGCAUCAUUUGGAUGUAAAGAUCCUUCUAUACACUUUGCACAACCUGUUGCAGAGAACCCUUUGAGAUCCCCAGUGGACAGAUUGUCUUUUGAGGAGUCUCUUGCAGAAAGAUCACUUUUUGCAAAAACAGGGCUGUCAGCGCAGGAGGGAUCGGCCAACCUUGAUAGUUUACAUAACAGUACUGAGAACAGUGGAAAGUAUAACCUUAGAUCAAGCUCUGGGCCAAUUCUUGAGCAUAAACAUUUUCUCGCAACGGAUGAUAUUCAAAGAGGAGAAUUUUCAGAAAUUACGGCUGGCAGAGCGUCGGCAAAUCAGUUUGUUGGGAGCGUCAACGAGUUGACCAGGGGAAAAAGGCAGGGUUCUAAUGCAAACUUGGCUGUGGAUGAUACUGAUCUUCCAGAAGCUGUUAGCAACUGGUCCGAUAUUGGCAUCUCAAAAGGGAAUUCUCACUCCUUGCUAAAACGCACAAGGCAACAUACUGCUACAUCUCAGGCAGUUUCUAUGGAUCUAUCUUCAACCAUUAAGCUGAAGAAGGCAGGCCUUGCAUCUUCUGAUGAGAAUAAGAUGGAAUCAGGAGUCACAUCAGUAACCCAAGCUAUUGAAUCCUCUGUUCCUAGCAACAAAGAGACAGGGUCGUAUAGCAUGCCAUCAACCACCGCCAAUCUUGACGCCUCUGGUCCUUCGUUCAGCGAAGCGUUGAAGAGCAAUAAGAAGCCUCCCAUGCAGUAUGAUGCCUCAGAAUCUGCAGACGGUGGCCUGGGUGGUAAGGGCGUGAAGAAGAAAGCAAAGAAAGGAAAGCAGAUUGAUCCUUCUCUUCUUGGCUUCAAGGUCCACAGUAACAGGAUCAUGAUGGGCGAGAUUGUUCGGGAUGAUUAAUAUGCAUGGGUUGCGCCAUUGUGUACAUGCUCACCUCUUUGUAACUCCGCAAAAAUUUUGUACCAUGGCUCCAUUUUUGUCCAGAUCUUUCUUUUACCGGAGUUUACCAAAUUUGUCAGAAGAUCUAACUGAAAUUUGGUAGGCUUUUUUUUGGUAUCAGUGCCCUCAGAACAGUGAAGAUCAUCAUGUAUUUUGGUCCAUACUUUUAUUGAUGAUCUAUAUUCAACUGUGCACUGAUCGACAUUUGUACAGAACAAUGAAGAUCAUCAACAUGCUUACCAAAUUUUGCAAUUUUUUA